GAAAGUCUCGAGCGGAAGCAGCGGCAUCUUUUUUCAGUCGGAGGGGGCGGUUCGGCAGGGGGAGAGGUUGCAAAUGUCUUCAAGGAACACAUCAGCUGAACGCAGACCAGGGCACCAUGGUAGAUCUGUUCAUUAUGAUGAAGUGUAUGUUGAUUCCCCUUCACAAGAAGAUGCUGAAACAGAUUUUCAGGAUAGUGAACAAAUACUGAAUGGCGCUUCCUUUCCUCCACCACCUCUUCCAUUGCAACCCCCGUUUGGACCUGAAUUUUAUCCAAGUGAUAGUGAAGAACCAGCUGAGGUCUCUGAUCUCAAACCAGUGAGAAAAUUUGUUCCAGAUUCGUGGAAGAACUUUUUCAAAGGGAAAAAAAAUGACCCUGAAUGGAAUAAACCAGUAUCUGCAAUUUCUGAUGGAGUUGAAUGCUCUCCACCCUCAUCACCCACACUUACUCCAAAGCAACCAGAACAAGCUUCAGUUCCUAGCUCUUAUCAAGAUCCAUAUGGAGGAUCAGGGGGAACCUACAAUUCACGCAAAGAAGCUGAAGCCAUGAUUCCACAUGAUCUUUAUGGAUCUUUGGGGCGGCAAACUCAAACAGCUCUGACUUACAGUGAGAAAGUUGAAGCUUAUAAUCUGAGAUACUCUUACAUGAAAUCAUGGGCAGGGCUGCUCAGAAUCCUGGGUGUUGUUGAACUACUCUUAGGGGCAGCUGUGUUUGCUUGUGUCACAGCUUAUAUUCACAAAGACAAUGAAUGGUACAAUGCCUAUGGCUUGUCGCAGUCGUAUGGCUAUGGGACAAGCAGCAUGUAUGGAGGCUACUAUUACAGUGGACCUAAAACACCCUUUGUUCUUGUUGUAGCGGGACUUGCUUGGAUUGUGACUAUUAUUCUUCUGGCACUUGGCAUGUCAAUGUACUAUAGGACCAUUCUCCUAGAUUCCCACUGGUGGCCAUUAACUGAAUUUGGGAUCAAUGUUGCAUUGUUUAUUCUGUACAUGUCAGCAGCUAUAGUAUAUGUAAAUGAUGCUAAUAGAGGAGGACUCUGCUACUACCCAUUAUUUAACACACCAAUGAAUGCAUCAUUUUGCCGUAUAGAAGGAGGACAGACAGCAGGAAUUAUUUUCCUAUUUGUAACAACAAUUAUUUAUCUUAUUGGUGCAAUUAUUUGCCUAAAACUGUGGAGACAUGAAAGUGCACGAAAACACAGGCAGUUUUUGGAACAAGAGAUGAAGACAAAAUCUUUCCAACCCAAAAGAAUGCAUGAAGAGGAAGGCAAUAGUCCCAAAGAAGCAAAAAACCAAAAGAAAAGUAAACCUUUGGAAAUGAAACCUGAACUGCUCAAUGGCCAUAUACCAGUGGGACAUAUUCCCAAGCCUAUAGUGAUGCCAGAUUACUUAGCAAAAUACCCAGUAAUUCGGAGAGAUGAGGAAAGAGACCGCUAUAAAGCUGUAUUUAAUGAUCAGUUUGCUGAAUAUAAAGAGCUUUCUGCUGAGGUUCAGGCAGUCUUAAAGAAAUUUGAUGAGCUAGAUGCUCUGAUGAGGAAGCUCCCUCAGCAUCCAGGAAACACCCUUGAAUACAAUAGAAUUUCAAACGUUUUGCAAGAAUAUCAAAAGAAAAAGAAUGAUCCUGCCUUUCUGGAGAAAAAAGAACGCUGUGAAUAUUUGAAGAACAAGCUUUCACACAUAAAACAAAGAAUUCAAGAAUAUGACAAAAUCAUGAACUGGAAUAGUUCAUAGCAUCAUAACUUUACCUGCAAGGGUUUCUGUCUUUUUAAUGUAUUUAUUGUUAUUGCUGUACAAAUACUCAUCUUUGAGAUAAAGUACUUACUGAUCACCAUCCACUAUUUGAGUCCUGUAUAAGCAAUCUUUCCCUAUUUUUAUUUUGAAUAUAGUGUAAAUAAGGUUUUCUUACUACUACUAUGUAUAUGUUUUAGUUUUUAUCCUUUCUUUGUUGCUUUAACAUAUUUUUAUUUCCAUAUUUGGAUAUAAUAUUGUGAUUUUUUUAUAUGGUUGUAAUAAUGAAUUUAAAAUUAAAGAGCUAUACUGUGAACUUAUUAGACCCACACCCUUCUCCAUAAAUGCAUGCAUGAGGACUGCUGUGUACAUAUAACUGGGCAUUCCUAGCCAUCCAGAAGAUAACCUGUGUUGUCAGCUUUGAUAAGGCUGAUUAUCUGUUUGGAGGGAUGGGCAGCCGGAAUCACGCAACCUUCCUUAUCCUUUGAGGAAGACAGUACCUGGAUUCAUACUUGUCAUCCCUGAAUCAGGUAGAGAGAGACAGUGAAAGCAAACUGAGCUAUCCUUAUAUCCUUUGACUCUGUAUACAUUGUUCUCAGUUAAUUGUAGAGAACUGUGUGUGUGUGUGUGCCGUAUUGAGUUCUGGAAACUCCUGGAAUAAUGUGGAAAGGAAAUUUUUGUGAAUGGGAUUUACUUCUGUACACACAUUACAAUCUAUAAUAGCAAAGGAACAGGAUGAUCAAAUGUUCAACUAAUUAUUUUUUAUGCUGCUGAAUUUUAUAAAAAUAUGCUUUCAUGACAGCUGAAGAGAUUAAUUUUCAUAUAUAUGAUAUAAAUAACAUUUAGCAUGGAGUUUGUUAGCUGAAUGUUAUUCUAUAUUUUUAUGUUGCAGAUCUCUUUAAAAUUAGGGGGGGAAUUGUCAUCCUGUUACCAAUCACAUGUAUAAUCUGUUUGAGAGUUGGAGAGACAUCUCUCUUCAAGAAUAUUGUUUUUCUGAUACUAAGCAUAUAGGAUGCUGCUGCAGAAGAUUUCUAUUUGUAUCACUAAAUGUUUAAUUGUGAUUCUGUCAGUUCUUGUAGUACCGUAAUCUUUGAUGAGGAAGGUGGGUUGAAUGACGGUUUUCUUCCCCCAGCAAUCAGCAAAUUUUCCAGCAGAAAUGUGUCUCUAUAUGUGGAUUGCUGCCGCAGGAUACAGGUGACUAAUGAGAAAUCCCCUGAAAUAUAUGUCUUUAGGGAACGUCUUGGUGAACAGUAUGUGCCUGUUCACACUGCCUCUUAAUUUUGCAAUCAAACAUUUUACCUUACUGUAGUCUGUAUCUUUUAAAUAAAUUCUCUAGCCUGGGACAA